UUUGUUGAGAGGGUUAUAACAGCAAUUGUUCUUCGAACUCUAUUAAAUCAAAUGUUUACGGAUUUAAGUGGAUGGCACACAAAAUACACAGCAGGAAAUGCCUCUGUGUUGCAGUCGCAAAGUAGAAGAGUUCAAAAUGAUAUUGUUGAAGAAUUUCGUAAAGGAAUGGUGAAUAUUAUUGUUGCAACUUCUAUUCUUGAAGAGGGUCUUGAUGUUCAAAAUUGCAACCUCGUAAUAAGAUUUGAUCCCUCCACAACAGUUUGUAGCUUUAUCCAGUCACGUGGUCGUGCUCGUAUGCAAAACUCUGAUUUUAUAUUGAUGGUGAGAAGGUGAGUUUGUGUCUCUACUCUCUAAUUUAAACUUCAUUAUGUUUUCUUUAGUUACUCUCCAAAUUCC